AUGGCAAAAGACAUUGAAAUUUCUACAUCUGAAUCAAAAUUCAUUCUUGAAGCAUUGAAACAAAACUAUAGACUAGAUAACCGUACAUUUGAUCAAUUUCGUGAUGUCAAGAUACAAUUUGGUGAAGAGUUAGGUGAUGUCCUAAUAGAGAUGGGGAAGACCAAAGUUCAUUGUAAGAUAAGCAGUUCCAUCACUGAACCUUAUGAAGAUAGACCCUUUGAAGGUCUUUUCUUUAUUUCUACUGAGAGUACACCAAUGGCAGGACCUCAAUUUGAGAAUGGUAAUAAUACUGGUGAAGAUGAAGUCCUGAUCUCUAGAAUCAUUGAAAAAGCAGUAAGAAGAUCUGGUGCUUUAGAUAUCGAAGGGUUAUGUAUAGUGGCAGGACGUAAAUGUUGGGCCAUUAGAGCCAAUGUACAUUUCUUAGAUUGCGAUGGUGGAUUUGUUGAUGCAUCAUGCAUUGCAGUUAUGGCUGCAUUAUUACAUUAUAAGAAACCAGACAUUACUAUUCAUGGUGAAAAAAUUAUAGUACAUCCAACAGAAGAAAGAGAACCAGUACCUCUAGGCAUCUUACAUGUUCCAAUUUGUAUUACAUUUUCUUUUUUCAACCCAUUGGAUAUUGAAGAGAAUAUUAAAGGUGAGGGAAAUUCUGAAAUUGUAAUAAUAGAUGCAAACUUAAAAGAAGAACAACUGAGAGAGGGUGUAUUGACAGUAACAUUAAAUAAGAAUAGAGAAGUAGUACAAGUUUCAAAAGCAGGUGGUUUACCAAUGGAUGCAUUGACAUUAAUGGAAUGUUGUCACAAAGCAUAUGAUAUAACGGAAAAGGUCACAGAUCAAAUAUUAGAGGCUAUCAAAGUCGAUAAUAAACAAAGGGAUAAAUUUUCUGCUAUGUUAAGUUCAGAAAACGCUCGUGAAGCAUCAUAG